AGCUCGGGAGAGAGAGGGAGCAGAGACGAACAAAGCAAAAGUCCCUAUACUCCUUCGUCUCUUCUUCUUCUUCUUCUUCUUCUUCAUCCCCUCCAUUACUUUCUCUUACAGUACCGAACUCUAUGUAUAUGUGUGUUGUCUCUCGCUCUUUCAAAUUUUUAUAUUUUUUCAUUUCUUUUUGUAUGUGAAUAAAACCCUCUCGAAUUCGGUCAUUAGCUGCUGAACUUCGGCUUGAAUCUUGAGCUGCAAAAUCGUGCAUUUGAGAAUAUCUUGGUGGCUCUCGAAUUGGUUCUAGAUCUGAAAGUCUCUGAAUUUGAGGAAUUUGGGCGAUUGUCUUGAAGUAAUCAGUGGAUUGAGUUAUUGAAGAAGAAAAGAGAAUAAUAGGAAUUUUGAUUGAGUUUUUUAGUUUUCGGUUUGAUGGGGGAAGGUGAGGGAAGCGAUUUCCCUCAGAAAAAGGCUCAAUCGGAAGGUACGUCGGCCUCGGCGUCCACGGAGGCUCCGGCGGUUAAGAAGCUGGCAAGGCAGCUGGAUUUCACAGCCUUCAGUGGUGGUGGGGGUUCGGGGAGUGUGGUCUUGCCGGAGCACCCGCAACCGCAAUUGCAGCCGCAGCCUCAGACGCAGCCCCAGAUGGUGGCGGCGACGGUGACAGUCGCAUCGCAGACGCAACCGCAUGUGAUGGUGAUGCCAGUGAUGGCGCAACUGCCGCCACCUCACGCGGCUCAUCCGCCAUUGAGGGUUGUAAAACCGGAAUCCCCAAAAUCAAAACCAAGACCCAAUUCUGAUGUAAAGGAUGGUACUCCAAAGAAGCAAAAACAGUGCAAUUGCAAACACUCGCGAUGCUUAAAGUUGUAUUGUGAGUGUUUCGCAUCCGGAAUAUACUGUGAUGGAUGCAACUGCGUAAAUUGUUAUAACAAUGUUGAGAAUGAAGCUGCUAGGCGAGAGGCUGUAGAAGCUACUUUAGAACGCAAUCCAAAUGCAUUCAGGCCAAAAAUUGCAAGCAGCCCACAUGGAUUGCGGGAUAAUAGGGAGGAGGCCGGGGAAGUUUUAAUAUUGGGAAAGCACAACAAGGGAUGCCAUUGCAAAAAAUCGGGAUGCCUCAAAAAAUACUGUGAGUGUUUCCAAGCCAACAUUCUCUGCUCAGAAAAUUGUAAAUGCAUAGACUGCAAGAAUUUUGAGGGUAGUGAAGAGAGACAAGCUUUAUUUCAUGGAGAUCAAGGCAACAAUAUGGCAUAUAUUCAGCAGCUAGCAAAUGCCGCCAUAACUGGAGCUAUUGGUUCCUCUGGCUAUGCAUCCCCUCCAAUAUCAAAGAAAAAAAAGGUUCAGGAGCUCUUCUUUGAUUCAGCAGCUAAGGACCCGUCCAUUUACCGGCAUGGGCAAUUUCCACAGGCAAACCAUCUCAAAGCUUCUGCACCCUCCUCUUCCUUGUGUUCAGUCCCAGGUGCACGUGUUGGUGGAGCUGCGGCAUUAGGCCCUUCAAAAUUUACAUAUAGGUCUCUCCUAGCAGACAUUAUCCAACCACAGGAUGUGAAGGAGCUUUGCUCAGUUUUGAUGGUACUAUCAGCAGAAGCUGCCAGAGCAAUUGCAGAGCAAAGAAGUGCAACAGAAAAGCGGGCAGAUCAGAUGGAAAUUUCCCUGGCUUCCUCAACUCAAGAAAGGUUUCAAAGCCAGAGGGAACCUGAUGUUGAGAAAGCCGUGGCUGAUAAUUGUUCAAGUGCUACCCAGGCGGAUAAAAUCUUGGCCGAAGAUUCCAGUUCAGAUGGUGCCGAUGUGCCAAAAGGAAGGCCCAUGUCUCCUGGAACUUUAGCAUUGAUGUGUGAUGAACAAGAUGCAAUGUUCAUGGCAUCUACUUCACCUGAUGGAUUGAUGGGCCAUGGAAACACGUCUUCACUGUUGCCUUAUGGACAAGGUAUGACAGAGGUCUAUGCAGAGCAGGAAAGGAUUGUUCUGACAAAGCUUCGAGAUUGUCUAAAUAGGCUCAUUACUUUUGGAGAAAUAAAAGAGACGAACUGUUCGUCAUUAGCCAGAAGUGAAUUUGGGGAUCAUAGAGAAGUACCGAGUAAUGGUACUGCCACUGCCAAUGCCAAUUCCAGAACUGAAGCAGGGAAUCAACAUGGUCCAGUUAGCAAUGGUAUUGCAAAAGCUGUAGUUCUACCUGCAGCCAAGACAUCUCAGAUGAUCAUUCCAGCAGUUGAGACCAAUAGUAAUGAUCUCCUUCCAAAAGUUCCCUUCCUCCCCCAAAAUGGUGAUAGUAAACAUAAGACUGAAAAAGAGAUGUAAAAGAGUUAUAGUACAGAAAUUUGGUCCAAGGCAUUCCCCUGCAUCUCCAUAAUGCUACGCCAUUGUUGGGUUUUCUUCAAUGCAGUUUCAAGAUGGUAUUGGGCCUCAUUUUUAGAGCUGAUAGGGAUCUAAUUCAUGUUUCUUUUUACUUUCUAUUCUUUUCCUCUGCGCCAUUGUUAAUUUGUUAUAUUUCCAAGUUAGUUUCCAGCAUCAACCCUAGUUUGAGCACAAAGUGGUGUAAAAUGCUGAGCCUUGUAAUUGCACAAGAUGUCAUUUAGAUUAUUAAAGCUAAUGACAAUCUAGCUUGUACUGUUAGGUGCUCGGAAUUUUCUUAACUAUUCGCAUUUCUAUAGAAACAAAGAGCAGUCUUAUAAUUUAA